AUGGACCAACAUGCGCUGUGCGAGCAAGGCAGCGCGUCGUCGACCAAGCGUGACUUCGUCAACGAACUGCUGAGCAUCGGAGAGCCCUUUAGCCAGCUGCGGGAGGAAAAAUGGAUAUCCAUGAAAAACCGUGGCCUUGCCGCGUUCGCCAAGGCGCACUGGAACACGUUUGUGCGCCGCACGAACAGAGGCAUCCCCCAAAAGUACAGAUGGGACAGCUGGAAGGUGGCUCUUAGAUUCGACGUCUACGCUGGUACACUUGCUCCGAAGUACGAAACAUUUGCGAACACGACAAAUGAGUAUACUUCCAUCAUACAAAUUGACGUGCCUAGAACAUUUCCGGAGCUAAAGGUCUUCGAUGUUGAGGCACAGCAACAGCUUUCCCGCAUCCUGCAUGCAUAUGCAAACUACAGCCCUGAGGUCGGCUAUUGUCAGGGAAUGAACUUCGUUGCCGGUGAGUCAACCUCCUAUUCUCGCAAGCUACUGUCUGUCCCGUGGUUGUGCACUUUACCAUCGGAAUCUGUUUCAAACACGUGUGAAAUAUAUGACGAUUACGAGGGCAAUUAUCAUUUAACUACAGGUUUACUUCUCCUUGUUAGCGGUUUCAAUGAGGUCGAGUCCUACGUGGCUUUCGUUGGACUCAUGCGAGAAUUUGGUUUGGCCGAGUUCUAUAUGCCAUCGUUUCCGCUUAUACAGAAGUAUAUACAGGCUUUCGAAGCUUUGACGGACGACAUGUGGCCGGACUUGCACAGGCACUUCCAACAAGAGGAGAUUUCUGUCGCGGUUUUCUUGCACCAGUGGUUCCUCACGAUGUUUGUCAUCAUCUUGCCGCUGAGGACCGUCGUCGCACUCUGGGACUACAUGUUGUACAAUGGUCUCUCAAGUGUUUUGGCGGUUUCUCUCGGGCUUCAAUACCUGUUGGCCCCGCAAAUGAAACAGCUGAAGUUCGAAGGCAUCAUGAGCUUCCUGAAGAACAUCAAGGACGCUGACAGCAAGGACGACAUCCGAGUCGGGCGCAUAAUUGUCAAUCAGGCAUACCGGAUCACCACAACACGAGGUUGUCUGGACAGUUUUAUUUUGGCGCAACAGGCCAUAUCGCUAACCAACCUGCCGUCGUUCGAGGCGGUUGGUAGCGGUGACGCGACUAAACGUACGGCUUCAUCCGCCGGCAGGAGCAAACCCAACCCGCUAGCAGCGAUUGUAUCCCAGCUUGGUCUAUCGGAGUCUCCGAGGGAUGAAAUGUGA